AGAUGAGCGGCUCGCUGUGCGAUCGGAAAAGUCGCAACACUGACAAUGUCGACGCCAGAUGAACAAGAUAGACGAUAUGCUUCCUCGCUCGCGACGAACACACGUAAUGACAGUGCUUGUUGGAUACUAGCUAUGGCCGCGCCAAGUGACGCAGUGUAGACUGCGUCGGUACAGCUAGGCAGUAACAAACUCGCCCUCCUCCAGCUAUUGCAAUCCUCCUUGUGUAUGUAUGUCCUCCCUCCUUCAAGCAAAGAAUUCGGCAGCAGUGCACAACUGCUGUGGGAUCGUGAACAAACCUUGGAGCGGCUUGCAGGUGAUGCUGCGACAGCCAAGGUCCGCGAGAGGUGCUGCCGUUAUCGUGAGCAGCUGCUUGGUUGCGAAACAGCGACAGGUAUUUCAGGCGCGUUCUUUGUACGUUAUUUGUCGUAGUGAGUCGCUGGUGGAUGGCGUCGUGAGCCUGAGGUUGGUGGUCAG